AUGGAGAGCUUCCACACCAGAUUCAGUGCCUGGACUCCUUUUAAAAACAAGUCAUUAAAUGGACAGCUCUUUCAGGAAAGAGUUGCUCUUAUAAGUCAUUGGUUUGACCUCUGGACUAACAAGCAACGUCAAGAAUUCCUGUGCACAAUUUUUUCGCAGUGUACAAAAUCACAGUUAAGGUUUGUCCAAGACUGGUUUUCAGAAAGGAUGCAAGUAGCCAGAGUGGAUUUCUCUACAGUGUUACCACGUUUCAUUUCUCUCUAUAUUUUUUCUUUUCUGAAUCCAAAAGACCUAUGUGUAGCUGCCCAAGUCAGCUGGUCCUGGAAGUUUUUAACUGAACAGGAUUGCUUAUGGAUGCCCAAAUGUGUCAAGUUUGGAUGGUUCCUGCCCUACACACCCACAGAGAAUGAGUACGGAGCCUGGAAGCACCACUAUAUUGCUUGUGUGUCUAACCUGGACUGGCUGACUCCCAGGGAAGCCACAGCUGUGUAUGGCACACUGAAUGAGCCUAAAACUGAAGACGAGGAGCUGCAGGAGAGACGAAGAGAGAGGUGUUUAAGGAAAAUAAUUUGGGAGAAAAUUGAGCUGCGUAAAAAGGAGUUAUUCAAAGUGCGGCCCCCUUGGGUGAGUGGAACAUGCUACUCUAGAUGGUUAAAAUCCAAAUGCCAGCCAUGUCUCCCCCAGACUGUGAGGGCCCGAGUGGGACUUCACGAAGCCCUGCAGAAGGAGCUACUUCUGGCAUCGCUGGAAGCUUCACCCAAGCGAAGCAAUGUUUCUGGAAGCCAUUCCUAUCCUGUAUUAUCAAAGAAAAAUUGGCAGGGAGUUCACAGAGAUGACCAAGACUCUUCAUCUGCCCUCCAGCCACACUUUAUUUUGAUAUCGUCUCAGAUUCCCGCAUACGAGAUGGUGGUGGAGAGUGUGAAGGCAGCUGUCGUUUCCGUGGUGUUUGAGCACAGCGGCAUCACUUUGGAGGGCCUGCUUUAUCUUGUGGAGAAGGCUCUGGAUGGACGGAAGGCCCAGAGCCUGGGUGUCUUCAGUGAUGGAGAUAGCAGAGAAAUCCACUUGCUCCAAGGCUAUAAAAUUGGCGUUAAAAACUUGCUGAAGCCUGAAGUGAGAGACUUCUGGGAGAAAUUAGGAAGCUAUGUGGCCACUGAAGAGGAAGGCGGACAUGUAGACUUGUUCGUGCCACUUGGAGCAUCAGAGAUGGGAAAUGAAGUUCUUGCUCAGCUGUCUCAACUGACUGGCACAUUCUUUACUGCCCCCACUGGGAUUGCAACUGGCUCUUACCAACACAUUCUCAGUGAGUGGCUGGGAGCGCCGUGGGAAAGGAUGCCCCCUGCCAUCUACUUCAAUGAAGCCAAGCUGCAGCUAUGGGCCCACUUCGCCGGCUCCCUGGAAGACACCUUGAGAGCCGUGAGGAAACAGUUAAGUCCUCUAUUCAAGGAGCUGCGGAAGAGCGUCAGUGGCAGGAUGAUCGGGCAAUUUAUGUAUGACACCAUGAGCCUGACCAACAUUCUGAACAACCAAGAAGUUGCGAGUGCUCUGACGGAGGGGCUGAUGGAGCUGUCAAAAGCAGACUCUGGUAGAGCUAUUGCAGAAGACAUGUCUCAGGACAUGGCAUCCAGUCUCAACUCAAACAACCUGAAUCUCGAAGUGCUGCUUAAGCUGGAGAGAAAGCUCCAGAUGGACUCAGCAGAAAAGCGAAGUAGAGUUGUCAGGGAGCUUGUGCAGAGUGAGAGAAAAUAUGUGCAAAUGUUGGAGGUCGUGAGAGAUGUGUACGUGAGGCCGCUGGAAGCAGCCUUGGCAUCCAACAGAGCGAUCCUGAGCACUGCGAACAUGCAGAUCAUUUUCUCUGACAUCCUGCAAGUUUUACAUCUCAACAGGCAGUUUUUAGAUAAUCUUAGAGACAGACUGCAGGACUGGGGCCCAGUUCACUGUGUGGGGGAACUAUUCCUGAAGUUUGGAAGCCAGUUGAACACAUACAGCAAUUUCUUCAACAAUUACCCUGUGGUUCUGAAAACCAUUGAAAAGUGCCGAGAAGCGACUCCAGCCUUCCGAGCUUUCCUGAGGCGGCAUGAUAAGACGGUUGUCACCAACAUGCAGAGCCUGCCAGAGUUGCUGCUGUUGCCAUCCUGGAGAUUUCAAGAGUACCUCCAGCUGCUCUACGCACUCAGGCUGCAUACUCCUGCAGAACACGUGGACCGGGUGCACCUGACCACUGCCAUUGACCAACUCAGAAAAUACCAGGCUUAUAUAGACCAGAUGAAGCAACGUAUUCAUAUGGAGGAGAGGCUGUCCGAUAUACAGAGAAUCAUCUGGGGGUGCCCCGCUAUAUCGGAAGUAAGCAGGUAUCUGAUUAGGGUCCAAGACGUAGCCCAACUUCACUGCUGUGAUGAGGAAAUAAGCUUCUCCCUAAGGCUCUAUGAACAUAUCCGUGACCUUAGCCUUUUCCUCUUCAAUGACGCCCUGCUUGUGGCUAGCCGGGCCACAGCUUACACUCCAUUCGAAAGGACUUCAAAAACCACCUACCAAUUCAUUGCAUCAGUGGCCCUUCACAGAUUACUCAUAGAAGACAUUCCAGACUCCAAGUAUGUCAGGCAUGCCUUCAUUCUCCAAGGUCUGCGGCGGGAAUGGAUCUGUGCUGCGGAGGAGGAGGAGGAGAAGGCCCUGUGGCUGUCGGUACUCCGACAUGCAAUCAGAAGCAGUAUGGACAAGUCAGACUGAACUUACACAGACGUCAGGGGUGUCAACUCUCCCUGGCAGUGAUGCACGGAUUUCCCCUCAGAAUGUCCAAGAGGCAGCAGGAGGACCGUCAUGGAUGACGACAGGUUCAAUGGGGACGACCCUGGAGGUUCUGUCCAACUUUACAACCAUAUUAUCUGUGGCCAAUUACAUCAACAACGUGAGAGAAAUGCGAGUUCAAAAUUCUGAACCAUUUCUUCUGGC